AAGCUCUCUGACAGUCACGUGUUACCUGUCUUCGCUUCUCUGUAAUCAUCUACUCUAGCCUUAUUAGAUAAUUCCCACCUGGCUUAGCGGUUGCAAAUUAGCUAUUCUUGCUGCAGUGAUGUUUUUGUGCACAAGGCUCCGGGCCGGGGUCUCAAGCUCGGUUAGACGAUACUUGCACAAAACUACAAGGUGUAAUGGAGCCGGUGGAGCCUCGUUUGUGCACAGAGAUACUCCUGAGAACAACACAGACACUCCCUUUGACUUCACUGCAGAAAAUUACAAGAGAAUAGAAGCUAUAAUUGGCAACUACCCAGAAGGUCACAAAGCAGCAGCUGUAAUCCCAGUGCUUGACUUGGCACAGAGGCAACACGGAUGGCUGCCCAUUUCUGCUAUGAACAAG